AUGUCUCCUAUAAAACCCUUUAAGAGAGUCUGCAUGUGGUAACAUUGGCUUCCAUAAACACAUACACAUUCAAACAAGCAAAAGACUAUUAGGGGUCUCUUGGUACUCCCAUGGAUGAAUCAACAUCAAAGCUCGAGUUGCCCGGUUUCAGGUUUCAUCCAACCGAAGAAGAACUCAUUGAUUUCUAUCUAAAAAAUAUGAUUUUCGGCAAAAAAUUGCGCUUUGAUAUUAUUGGGUUUCUCAACAUUUACCAUUAUGAUCCUUGGGACUUGCCAGGUACACUAUUAGUUCAGCUCUUAACAAUAUUUUUUUUCUCUUAGUUUUACGGCAUGACAUGACCGUGGGAUUUGGGGUAACAGUAAAGUUUUCCUCUAAAGUUUGAGUCACUAAAAUAGUAUGUAUCUAUGCACGUGUAAGCGUAGUUAGAGUUGAUUUUUGUAUUAACAAAUACAAAAUGGUUGUGAUAAAUUUGGAGUUACCAUUGUCUAAAUAGGGAUGGCAAAGAUUGGAGAGAGAGAGUGGUACUUCUUGGUGCCUAGGGACAGAAAGCAUGGCAGUGGAGGAAGGCCAAACAGGACAACUAAGAAUGGAUUUUGGAAGGCAACUGGUUCAGACCGUAAAAUAUGGAGUUCCUCGGACCCCAAGAGGGUGAUAGGGUUGAAGAAGACUCUGGUUUUCUACAAGGGCAGAGCACCACGAGGUUGCAAAACUGAUUGGGUCAUGAAUGAGUAUCGCUUGCCUGAUACAUGCCCCUUACGCAAGGACAUAGUGUUGUGUAAGAUAUAUAGGAAGGCAACCUCCUUGAAGGUGUUGGAGCAGAGGGCAGCAAUGGAAGAGCAAAUGAAGACAAUUCAUGCACUUGCUCCUACUUCUCCAUUAAUGGAUACCAUGUCCUUUUGCAGUCAAGCUGAUGAGUUUAUCGUUCCAAUGCCAGCAAGCCACAUGGUUUUCAAGAAGGAAGAUGAAGAGAUACUGCAAUUCGAUGAGAGAGAAAAUGUUGAAACAGGGGAAGCUGAAGGGAACAUUUCCUCAACUCUACAGUUACCCUCUGGGAUAGAAAAGUUGGCGGAGCUCCAAGUACCUAAAUUCAGCAUGGACUGGACUCAGGAUCCCUUUUGGACACAGUUGCGUAGCCCUUGGCUGGAGAAUUAUACCCUUUAUACCGCCAAUGUCCUGAAUUUUUAAAUCUUGAAAAGUUUUAUGAUGGUUGAGUCCCUUCAAUGAUCAAAAAGUUCAGAAUUGUAGAUAGGUUUUAUGGUUAAGGCCAUUUUGUCACUCAUGUUAAUCACUGUAUUUUGUUCAUAACUUUUGCAAGAAAUACAUUAAUUUACUCAAUGGACAAUC